GUCCCGGCCUGCAGCCCCGGUACCGCAGCCUCCCGCGCAGCUCCGCCCGCGCCGGGGUCCGGAGUGCGGGACCGUGGAGGGCGGGGGCGGACAGUGCCGGUCCGGUCCCGGGGACAACGAUGGGGCGGGACGGCGGGAGCUCGGCGGCGGGGCUCGGGCUGAGCCGGCUAUUUUUGCCACGGGCCUGGGCUAAUCCCCUGAGCCGCUUCCCGGCGUUAAGUAACGGCGCGGCGGGAUGCGCUCGCCGGCGGCCCCGGCUUGUCGCGGUGCGGCGGGGCCGGCGGCGACGCGCCCGGUGAGGGCUGGGGGCCCCGGGUACCCGCCGCCGAUCCCCGAGGUAACCCGGACUCAGGCCGGCUGGUAGUGGCGGGCGGCGAGGCCUGUCGGGGCGACCAUGCCGGGAACUUCGCCCGGCGGGUCCCCGGAGAGGGAGGCGGGGACCGGAGGGCGGCCGCGGGGGCCCGGCCGGGGCAGGCGGGUACGGUUCCUCCUGCCCCACACCGCCAUCGCUCUGCCCUCGGUGCGCGAGGAGGAGCAUCUCUUCUACCAGCGGCUGGAGGCGCUGGCGGCCCCGGGACCCGGCGGUUUCGCGCCGCUCUUCGCGGCCGACGGCUGGAGCGACCUGACGGGUGAGCGCUCGCAGGCGGCCCCGGGGAGAGCCGCGCCGGGGGCCCGGGCCCCGCGGGUCUCGGGGCGGCUCUCAGGGCCGCCGCCGCCCGCAGAGGACCGGCUGCUGCGGAAGCGCGUGGUACGGGAUGGACAGGACGGGCCGCGGCCGCGGCCGGGCCAAGAGGUGUCGGUGAAGGUGCUGGGAGUCCUGGAGGACGGCGGGCUGGUGGAGCGGGACCCGCGGCUCACCUUUGUGCCAGGCCACGGCGACGUCGUGCAGGCACUGGAGCUGGGUGUGCCCACCAUGCAGCCCGGGGAGGUCGCCUUCUUCCUCGCUGCCUUUUCCUACGGCUACGGCCACCCGGGCAGGGAGCCAGACGUGCCGCCCGAGGCGCCGCUGCUGUUCGAGGUGACGCUGCUGGAAGUGCGGGACGACCCCGACCCGCAUCAGCUGCCACCCGCCGCCCGCCUGCGCCUGGGCGCGCAGCGGAGGGAACGGGGAAACUUUCACUUCGCGCGGGGAGACUUCGCGGCGGCGCUGCACUCCUACCGUCUGGCCCUGCGCGCCCUCGACGGCCCCGUCGCCGCCCCGCCCGGGCCGCAGGAGGAAGAGGAGCUGCAGGAGCAGCGUGUCAAGUGCCUCAACAACUGCGCGGCCGCCGAGCUGAAGCUGCAGCGGGCGGACGAGGCGCUGGCGGCCUGCGAGGCGGCGCUGCGCAUCUGCCCGGACAACGGCCGAGCGCUGCUCCGGCGGGGGCAGCUGCUGGCACAGCAGGGCCGGGACGCGGAGGCCGCGCUGGACCUGAGAAGAGCCCUGGAGCUGGACCCGGCCAGCAAGGUGAUCCACGCCGAGCUCUCGCGGCUGGUGAAGCGCCGGAGCCCCUUGUCCAGCGGCAGCCCCCAGGAGCCCCGCCACGGCCCGAUGCCGCCGCCGAGCGCCGGAGCCCCAGCGCCGUCCGCGACGGAAGGAACGGCCUGAGCAGCCUUGGAACCCCCGAUGGAGCUGCCCCGCUGGGGACGGAGGAGAGGCUGCUGGGCCGUCGGUGGCCCGGUCCGAGGACUGCAGCAGCCCCGGGCGUCGGACCGAGGGGACGGGCAGGCGCCCGCGGUGGCCCGGCCUGUCCUGUGCGGCUCCGCAGCCACGCCCCUCGGCGCGGCAUGAAGGGGCGUGGCUCCACAU